AUGGAUGAUCGUGUCCACAUGGUUGACAAGCGCGCUGCAAGGCAGACAACCCAUGGCGAUUCAAAGGCCUUCAAAUCCAGCAUUAGUAGCAACAUUGUUUCUGAAAUAUAUGCGCCGCAGACAAGUCUCCGGGAGCGGCUUGCUCGUUUCAAUAAUAAGCAAAAGAAGGACUCAAACAAGGCUAUUGAGACGAUCUCCCAUGACAGCGACCCCACUGCGGCCUUCUUUAAUCGUCUUAAACGGCCUGUUCCCGUACACAGGGAUGGGUCAUCUCGACAGCCAAAGAGGGUCAGGCGACCAUACGACCAAGAUACCAGCAGCUCGCCAAUCUUUGUUGCAAGCGAGGCCGUACAGCAUGAUCAAAAAAUGAGGCCAGUGGCUGUGGCAAUUGAAGCGACAUACGCUGGGAAAGCAGAUGAGCUUGACCGGGUCACCAAUGGGAAGCUCGAUCAAGCCCGAGAUCGUCUUAAAACGCAGAUCGAGGAUCUAAAGCAGCAGGAAGACCAUUUUGUGGGCGAGCUCAAAGCUCGGCAGCAGCUGGUUGCAAUGCCUCUUUACGACCUCAAGUUUGUAUCCGACUCCCGCAAGGAACGGAACCUCGGCCGGAUCGUGGCCGAUUUCUGGGCCGAAAAGGAGAUUGUAGAGAAGGCGGUUUCAGGCCUUUGGGAGGAGUGGGACAAUCUCAACGUUCAGAUCAGGCAACUCUGCGAUCGCAUCGUCGCAAGUGACGACAAUUCCCAGGAUGAAGAUAUGGACAGCAAGAUCCAGGGGGUGCUAGAAGUUGCCGACAAAGAGUUGGAAGACCUCGGUGCCGAGGUGAGCAAGGCAUUAGAAAAGGCUGAAAAGGACGCUGAAAAACAAAGACAGAAGUUGAGGCAUUUGUGGAUUGAAGAGAAGGCAAGGGAGUAUGACAACGCUCACAGCAGAAAGCUCAGGUUCCGCUAG